GCUCAGCAGCACGACAUGAAGCUCAUCCUGGUAUUCCUGAUAGUUGCGGUGGCGGUCGCGCUGGCCGUGCCCUACGGAUACGGCUACGGCGGCUACGGCGGCUACGGCCACCACCACCAUGGCGGCUAUGGUCACCACCACCACCGCGGGGGCUGGGGCGGCUACGGCGGCUGGGGCGGCUACGGCGGCCACCACCACCAUCACCACCACGGCCACCACUGGGGUUGACAUCUUUGCCAUCGCGAGCCUUCCUUUGGUUCACUCGCCACAAAGCCCACGGUUCACCUAGACUCAAUAAUUUCUGUGUAGUAUUUAUCUUCUUAUUUAUGUUACGGGUUGAAGCGGAAGAGAGAGAGAAAGAUUAUGUCCGUCUUGUUGAACUGGACCUACAAAAACCGGGCUCGCCCGCUGUGUCGUCCCCGGAAUUUUUAGUAAAAUAAUAAAAUAGUUACCAUUUUUCCAAAAACUA